UUUAUUUAAUAAAAAAUUGAACAUUAAAGAUGUACGCAGGCGAUGAUGUGUCAAGUGUGGUUGUGGAUGUAGGUACCCAUACUACCAGACUUGGAUAUGCAGGCGAGGACCAACCUCAGAGCAUUACCUCCUCACAGAUUGGUAUUAUAACAGAAGAAGGAGACAGAAGUGGUGAAAUUAUUACAGACGAGCCUAAAAUUGAUUAUGAAAGGAAGAAUUUUGAAGUCGAGCCUAUUGUUAAUACUGAUGGGUAUAUUACAGAUUUUGAUAAGUUCCAAGUUUAUUUAGAGAACAAGCUCAAGAAUAGCCUACAGCUUGAUCUUACAGAAGCACCACUUUUAUUUACCGAGCCAAAUAUGCAUAAUAAAGAUCAUAGAUUAAAGUUGACUGAGAUCUUGUUCGAAAAAUGCAAUGUUCCUUGCUUAUUCAUUUGUAAGAAUGCGGUACUCUCUUCCUUUGCUUGUGGUAAAUCAACAUGCUUGGUCCUAGAUUCUGGUCACAACUCUACAUAUGCAGCUCCUGUAUUUGAAGGAUACAUCCUGAAUGGGUCAACAUUGAAGUACAAAAUUGGAGGGAGUUAUGUGUCUAGCAAGCUUCAUGAGUAUCUCAAGAAUAAGGGAAUCUCUGUUAACCCUAGAUACUCAUUUACAAAGACAGUUGAUGGAGAAAACACUAAGAUUACUCCUAAAGACGUCACUGGAUUCACUGAUUCAUACAGAGACUAUCACAUCGAAAAGAUUAUUAGAUUCUUCAAAGAAGAAUGUUCCCUCGUCAGUGAUAUACCAAUUGCAGAGAAGAAACUGGAAAAUAUCAAGUCAUUUGAAUAUGAACUCCCAGACGGCAAAAAGUUUGAAAUUGGAGGAGAGCGCUGUCUCUACCCGGAGGUAUUCUUCUCAGGUGUUGAUGUAAUCAACCAAGAACUCCAGAAAACAGGAGGAGAUUUUCAAAUGGAUGAAGAUAAUAGCCAUCUAAAGGGAUUCAUAGGGGUCCAACAUGCUAUUACAGAAUCUAUCAACCAAGCAGAUUUAGAUAUCAGAAAGGAACUUUAUAGUAAUAUCCUUGCUACUGGAGGUAAUUGUAUGACUCAAGGAUUUUUAUCAAGACUACAGAAAGAACUUCUUGAGAUAGCUCCUCAGAAUUUAAGAGUUAAAGCUUCGUCUUCUCAUUCAGGAAGUGUAACAGAGUAUUGAGCCAGUUCAUUCACAGGAGGAUCCAUCCUAGGCUCCCUAGGCUCAUUCCAACAAAUGUGGUUCUCAAAGCAAGAGUAUGAAGAGAAUGGAGCAAUUAUGGUUGAGAGGAAAUGCCCUUAAAGCAAUUUGAUUUCAAUAAAUAUGAAUUAAUUU